ACCACUUCUUUCUCCAGUUCACCUGAUAGCACUUAUUUUCCAUGCCAAUCAGGAUUCGGUUGAUGUGGGCGGGAUUGUUUGAAAGGUCAAAGGUAACUUGAGCUCACCGCUUUGAAAAUCUGGCUUAAACAACACCGCAAGCCAGGUCUGAUUGUAGCUGAUAGGCUCUCCCACUGCACAUGCAGUCACGUGGGCUUUCACCUACAUACACGUAUUCACACAGCAUGGGCUGUAUCCAUUUCCUGAAGGAUUGUCACAUAAUACAGAAAUUCUAGACAACCAGCAAGAUUUGCUUUUACUCAGUCUUGCAGGACACAGACAGUCCCUUCUCAGCAUCUCGGAGGAUCUGCCACAGUUCUUCUGGAUAUUCUGACUGUCACACUUCCUUCUGUUUUUGCAGGUAAAACAGCAAAUUUGUAUUAAAAAAAGGAAAUAAAUGCAAAUAAAUCUACAAAUAAUUCAGUAGCUUCUCAUACUAUUUUUGUCAGCUUUUUAAUGCAACCACAAUACAGUUUCUCGGGUGCUGAGCACUCGACUCGUUCCGCCAUGUCAGGAGACGCGCCACUUUUAAUGGAGUGGGCGUGGCUAACUUUCAGAGCACCUCUCACUCCAAAUUCAGUUGACCAAUAGAGAUUUAAGGUGAAUUGAUUAUGGAUUUGAUUAUCAUUAUUUGCAUUUGCAAAAUAUUUUUUUACAUUUUGAUUAUUUUUGCUUUUAUUAUUUUAUUUGGAACGUUUGACACGAAAUUAACUCCAUGCAAUUUCCUUGUAAAACUGCACAAAAUGCACCUGAGGCUAAUGAUGAAUUUAAAAGCGUCGUCUCACCAAAUACUGAUUUUGUUUAGUUUAUUAGCGUUUACUACUCUUUAUGGUAUAUUUUUUAUGUAGAAACUUCUCAAUCUUUUUGAAGACAUCUCUGCUUUACUGCAUUUCUUUGCAUGUGCAGUGACUUUUGUGAAAUUUUAGAUUUAUAUUUUCCUUUUAAAUAGCAAGGUAUAACAAUAAGGCAUAUUGAUCUUUUGUUUUAUCUAUAGGUUGUGAAAGAAGAUGUAUCACUCGGCCAUUCUCACAAUUUUGUCCCUGUUAUCUGUUCCAUGUGGGGUCUAUUCUGGUCAAAUUUUGGUAUAUCCAGUUGAUGGAAGCCACUGGAUUAAUAUGAAAGUUAUCAUUAUGGAAUUACAUUCAAAAGGCCACAACAUCACUGUGAUUCGAAGUUCAGACAGUAUGUAUGUUAAAGAGGAGUCACCCUACUACAGUUCCAUCACUGUUGGUGUGGGUGUAUAUAAUGAUGAAUAUUUUACCUCUUUUGUGUCUCUUUUGCUACAAUUUCGGCAACACAAAAGAUCCUCUUGGGAUGAAUUCCUGUUUGCAGUGGAGUCCAUGAAAAUGUUGUCUGAGAUUCAUGAGAAAAUUUGCAACAUGACUGCAAUGAUAUUUGAAAAUGAGACCUUGAUGAAAUCUUUGCAGGAGGCUAAAUUUGAUAUGGUUUUAGCUGACCCUGCUAUGGGAGGUGGUGUGCUGCUGGCACACAAACUUGGCCUCCCUCUUGUGUUCAAUGUUCGUUGGACUAUUCUUGGAGAAGGCCAUUUUGCCAUUGCUCCCUCCCCUCUGUCCUAUGUACCUGUUCCUGGAGCAGAGCUAACAGACAAAAUGACUUUUAUUCAGAGAGUCACAAAUGUGUUGAUUUACUUCUACACUUACUAUCAGCAAGAAAACUAUUUUGGCCAGCAUUACAAGGUUUUUUGUCAGAAAUACUUUGGACCUGAUGUGGAUUACUUUUCCCUUUCUCAGAAUGCAGACAUCUGGCUCAUGAGAAAUGACUUUACUUUUGAAUUUCCACGACCCACAAUGCCAAAUGUGGUUUAUAUGGGUGGCUUUCAGUGCAAGCCCUCCAAUCCACUUCCUGAUGAUCUAGAAAAGUUUGUCCAGAGUUCAGGGAAACAUGGGGUCAUCAUAAUGUCUUUGGGAUGUAUUUUUGGAGAACUUCUAGGUGACAUUACAGAUGAAAUAGCAGCUGCCUUUGCCCAACUGCCUCAGAAAGUCAUUUGGAGACACACUGGACCUCGACCGUCUACCCUUGGCAACAACACGUUACUAGUGGACUGGAUGCCACAGAAUGACCUACUUGGACACCCCAAGACUAAGGUCUUUGUAGCCCACGGAGGAACCAACGGCAUUCAGGAGGCUAUUUAUCACGGCGUACCCAUUUUAGGUCUACCUCUAGCAUUCGAUCAGCCCGAUAACCUGUCAAGGAUGAGAGAAAAGGGAAUAGCCAAAGUCCUGGAUAUUUCUGGGUUGGACAGAUCAGUAUUUUUAGAGGCAUUAAAGGAAGUGCUGUAUAAGCCAUCUUACAGAGAGAACAUGCAGAAGUUGUCUCGACUGCAUCAUGACCAGCCCAUAAAGCCUCUUGAUCGUGCAAUCUUCUGGAUUGAAUAUGUUAUAAGGAAUGGAGGUGCUCCUCACUUGCGCACACAGUCUUUCAGGAUGUCCUGGAUUACCUAUCACUCUCUGGAUGUUAUGCUCACACUCCUGGGGGCUGUGUUGAUUAAUGGCUGGCUAACAUUUUUGGUGCUGAGAUAUCUUUGUUUUACAGUAAUCUUUAAAAAGAAAUUCAAACGUGAAUGAUAUAUUUGCUUAUCAAUUGUAGACAACAGGUGAAAGGUGUAAUUUUAUGUACCAACUUAUAGUUUAAAAUGAGUAUGAAUCAUCUACUAAGUUUUCAAAUCUUUUUAGAUCUAGAUUAUCAAGCAACUUUGUAAACAUGACUGUUCUCAUAAUUCACAGUGAUAAACCUAUAAGUAUGCAAAAUCUAGUGUAAAAUGAGUAGAAAUUAUAUAAAUUUCAUGGCAUAUCCACUAAAUCCCAGUAAGCUGAACUCAACCAAAUUGAGCUGGAUUCUAAUGCUGCAUUUGAGGUGAAGUCACAACUUGUAAUUCCCCACAUACAACAAGUAAAAACCACCAAAAUCACCCCUCAACUUCAAAUUUCAACUAGUCGUUUUCUCAAUUACCAGUUCCUUCGCCGUUUACACAGUGACAUCACAUCAACAUGGCCUCGCACACUGUGAACAGUCUAAAGUUAUACAUCUCAUCAAAACCAGAUUAAAUAAAUAAAUUGUCUAGAUUAACUGAGUGUGUUAAAGAUACAAAAAGAUUGGAUGACUGAUAAUUUUCUAUUACUAAAUCCUGAUAAGACAGAAAUAUUACUUAUUGGUCCAAAAACCAGUACACAAAAGCUCUCACAAUUCAACUUGCAUUUAGAAGGAUGUACUAUUACUACUAGCUCGACAGUGAAAGACCUGGGCGUAAUAUUAGACAGCAGCUUGUCUUUUGAAAAUCAUAUUUCCAAUAUUACUAAAACAGCCUUCUUCCACCUUAGAAACAUUGCCAAGCUUAGGAACAUUUUAUCUGUAUCUGAUGCAGAAAAGCUAGUUCAUGCAUUCAUGACCUCCAGACUGGACUAUUGUAAUGCAUUGCUAGAUGGUUGUCCUGCAUCUUCAAUAAACAAGCUACAGUUAGUCCAGAAUGCAGCCGCCAGAGUUCUUACUAGGUCAAGAAAAGAUGAUCACAUAACCCCAAUAUUGUCAUCCCUGCACUGGCUACCUGUUAAGUUUAGAAUUGAUUAUAAACUAGCACUACUUACGUACAAGGCUCUAAAUGGUUUAGCUCCCACGUAUCUAGCCAGUCUUCACACAUCACAAUCCACCACGCUCCUUAAGAUCUCAAAACUCCGGACUUCUGGUAGUUCCCAGAAUAUCAAAGUCUACAAAAGGGGGUAGAGCGCUUUCGUAUUUAGCUCCCAAACUUUGGAAUUGCCUUCCUGACAGUGUUCGGGGCUCAGACACAGUCUCCCAGUUCAAACGCAGAUUAAAGACAUAUAUCUUUAGCCAGACAUACACUUAAUACAUACCAUAACCUUGUACCUCAGUACAUCUGAUUAAUUGCACAUUAUGAUUUAGUGCUUGCUAAUAUUAUGAACAGCAGCUACGCUAAUUCCUUUCCACUUGUUUCCUUUCUUCUACCCAUCCCGAGGCACAUAGAGAUUGUGCCAGCUCCAGUAGACAGAGGCCAACCCUACGAGGAUCCUGAGGCAUCCAGAGAUGGACCAGCUCCAGCUGGUUUCUGCCUCGUGAGGAUUUGGGUAUUCAAAGCAACGCUGCCAACCCUAUGUGGACUUUGAGGAAGACAACAACCUCCAAAUUAAUAUACACAUAAAAUUCUACAUGACUAUAAAUAAAUGCAGAAAGGACAUUGUUCAUAUCACACUCUCCAGUGUCACCCAAAUGAGGAUGGGUUCCCUUUUGAGUCUGGUUCCUCUCAAGGUUUCUUCCUCAUAUCAUCUAAGGGAGUUUUUCCUUGCCACAGUUGCCUCAGUCACCUCAGGCUUGCUCACUAGGGAUAAUUUUGUCUAACAUCUAGGACUGUUUGCAUGUUUUUUGUUUCUUAUGUUCUGUAAAGCUGCUUUGAGACAAUGUUCAUUGUUAAAAGCACUAUACAAAUAAAACUGAAUUGAAUUAAA